CACCCAGCCACCCCUGUAUUUCCACAGCUCCCUCCUCCCGCCGCUCCACUCUCAGCCAGACUGACCGACAGACUCACGAGUUGGCAGAUUUGCGCUCCAGGGUGUCGCAAGCCGAGGCGGCGAGGACAGGGCGCGUCUUGCUCAGCCAGCUCGGCGGGAUGCGGCGCGGACAGCAGCGCUAACCUUGCCCUUGCUGAGCACCGGGAGUACUCGCUUCGGGCAGCUGUCGGUGCGGUGGUAGAGGGGAUGCGCCUGGGACGCGCAAGGCUUCUACCGCGAGCUAUCGCCCGGAGGUGGACGUCAAGCAGGGCUCAUCGUGGGACCGUGUGGACCGCUGCCCCCCGGGGCGAGCGGCUGCGGACCCUCGGGGCCGAGUCUUCAAUCAGGAUGCCCUGGGAGCCUCCCUGCUAGUGAGGAUGCUCUACUGCGCGGCUCUGCACCCCAAAUCUGGGUUCCUGGUGGGCAAGACUGCAUGGGCCAGUUUUGGCCCCUCGAAUUUGGUCAGUGGGUGAAAAAGUGAGUUGAGCGAUCGAAUUCAAGUUCUGAGAGCCAUGGACCAAGGAAGUGGGCUGCAACCCCAGGCGGGAGAGCAGCUGGAAGCAGCCUCCAGGAUAGGAGCUGUCCAAAAUAAAUGUGAGCCAGAGACCUUUAGGUCCAAGAGUUUACCCGUCCUAAAUAGCGCCUCCUGCCGGCCAGACCCCAGUCCCACAAGUGUAGACACCCAACUAAGCUAUACAAAGUCUUUGGGCCACCAGGAGUCGAAGCAAGGCCUGAACCGUUUGACUCCCAGUGCUUCUGCCCUGUCCACUUCAGCAGAGAUGGCAGGGCUAGCUGACUGUAACCACAGGGUGGACGUCAGUAAAACCGUGUCGGUAUCCUCCGCUUUGGCCACGCUCCAAGGCAGAAGGUGCCUCUAUGUGGUUCUCACGGAUUCCCGUUGCUUCCUGGUCUGCAUGUGCUUUCUUACUUUCAUCCAGGCGUUAAUGGUCUCUGGAUAUCUGAGCAGUGUCAUCACCACCAUCGAAAGGCGCUACAGUCUGAAGAGCUCUGAGUCGGGGCUGCUGGUCAGCUGUUUUGACAUCGGGAGCCUGGUGGUGGUGGUGUUCGUCAGCUACUUCGGGGGCCGGGGUCGGCGGCCCCUGUGGCUGGCGGUGGGUGGACUUUUCAUCGCCAUUGGGGCUGCCCUCUUUGCUUUACCUCACUUCAUCUCACCGCCCUACCAGAUUCAAGAGUUGAACGCUUCGGCCUCCAAUGAUGGCCUGUGUCAGACUGGCAACUCCAGGGCGACUUUGGAGCCUCCUGCCUGCCUGAAGGACUCUGGAGGAAACAAUCACUGGGUCUAUGUGGCUUUAUUCAUUUGUGCACAGAUUCUCAUUGGAAUGGGCUCCACACCUAUUUAUACCCUGGGACCAACCUAUUUAGAUGACAAUGUCAAGAAAGAAAACGCAUCCUUGUAUCUAGCCAUCAUGUAUGUCAUGGGAGCACUUGGUCCUGCAGUGGGAUAUUUAUUAGGUGGUCUUCUUAUUGGUUUUUAUGUUGACCCCAGAAAUCCUGUUCACCUUGAUCAGAGUGACCCUCGUUUCAUUGGAAACUGGUGGAGUGGAUUCCUCCUUUGUGCCAUUGCAAUGUUUCUUGUGAUAUUCCCAAUGUUUACUUUUCCAAAAAAGCUUCCACCUCGACACAAGAAAAAGAAAAAGAAAAAAUUUUCUGUUGAAGUUGUUAGUGAUGAUGAUGAUGAUGACGUGAUGAAGGAGAAAUCAAACAAUAACGAACAAGUGGACAAAAAAGUUUCUUCUAUGGGAUUUGGAAAGGACAUCAGAGACCUACCAAGAGCAGCUGUCAGGAUCUUAAGCAACAUGACAUUCCUUUUUGUGAGUUUGUCAUACACAGCUGAGAGUGCCAUUGUAACUGCUUUCAUUACCUUCAUUCCCAAGUUCAUCGAGUCACAGUUUGGUAUUCCAGCUUCCAAUGCCAGCAUCUACACUGGUGUUAUUAUUGUCCCCAGUGCUGGUGUUGGUAUUGUCUUGGGAGGCUACAUUAUUAAAAAAUUGAAACUCGGUGCAAGAGAAUCUGCAAAACUCGCAAUGAUCUGCAGUGGUGUGUCCUUACUGUGUUUCUCAACUUUAUUUAUUGUUGGAUGUGAAAGUAUUAAUCUAGGGGGCAUAAAUAUCCCUUAUACAACAGGACCUUCUCUCACCAUGCCUCAUAGGAAUCUGACAGGAAGCUGCAAUGUUAACUGUGGCUGUAAAAUACAUGAGUAUAAGCCAGUAUGUGGAUCAGAUGGAAUUACAUACUUCAACCCUUGUCUGGCUGGCUGUGUUAACAGUGGUAAUCUUAGCACAGGAAUAAGGAACUACACAGAAUGCACCUGUGUCCAGAGCCGGCAAGUGAUCACUCCACCCACAGUCGGACAACGCAGUCAGCUCCGCCUGGUUAUUGUCAAAACGUAUCUCAACGAGAAUGGCUAUGCCGUGUCUGGGAAGUGUAAACGGACCUGUAAUACCCUCAUCCCGUUCUUAAUUUUCCUUUUCAUAGUCACCUUCAUCACAGCAUGUGCCCAACCAUCAGCCAUCAUAGUAACACUCAGGUCUGUAGAAGAAGAGGAGAGACCUUUUGCGCUGGGAAUGCAGUUCGUUUUAUUGCGAACACUUGCAUACAUUCCUACUCCCAUUUACUUUGGCGCAGUGAUUGACACCACCUGCAUGCUCUGGCAACAGGAGUGUGGAGUACAGGGCUCUUGCUGGGAGUACAAUGUCACAUCAUUUCGUUUUGUCUAUUUCGGUUUGGCGGCUGGCCUCAAGUUUGUUGGCUUUAUUUUUAUUUUUCUGGCCUGGUACUCCAUUAAAUACAAGGAGGAUGAGCUGCAGAGGCAGAGGCGGCGAGAAUUGCCUCUCAGCACCGUGAGCGAGAUGGUGGGGCACACGGACAAUGCCAGUAAAUAUGCCCGAACUAGAUCUUGCCCUGUGUUCCACACCCAGGGAGAAUUUCAUGAAGACACUGCUCUGCAAAAAGGGAUCCAGUACACAGCACAGACCUAUCCGGGGCCCUUCCCAGAAGCAAUAAAUUCCUCUCCAGACCCAAGACUGGAAGACAGCCCUGCUACCAUGGAACCACCUCCUGAAGCUUGAAAUCGGAAGACUUUAGUUUUGUUGGUUGAGUUGAGUAUGGCGACUUGAGAAACACCCGUGCCUUGUUUUCUUUCUUGCUUUUUUUAACCUCUAAAGACACAAUCCUCAAACCAACAAAACUCAGUAUGCACAGCCACUACUGAUUGAGGGCUGGAUACCUCACCAAGACUGAUAGCCUUCCCCCAAACCUUCUCUCCAAGAAGGAGAGUUUAGAAAGAGUUGUUACUGUUUCUGCUAUGAUAAUUUAAUGCUCAUGCACCCAUAGGGUACAAGGCUGAUGUCCAUGAUUAACAAAAUCAUGGGAAGUGUAAUGGCAGUCCAUGUCAUUGGGAUACACUCCAAAACAACGUGAGCUUGACCAUGACUUUUCAUUGACAAAUGGAAAGCUUUAGAUACCUACUGUGAGUUCUGCUACAAAGCACAAUUGAAUUUGCCUCAACUAUGCAAUCUGAUUGAGAAAAACUAAGUGUGGCAUGCUACUUUUGCUUUCAGAGACUAAAACAGACAUGUUUUUGAAAAGAGGAAGCUAAACUUUCCCUAAAGUACUGUUAAUUGCAUUUUAAGCCAUAGCAGAGUUAUAAAUCAGGUAGAGUUUUUCAAAUGCUUCAAAGGAAUCAUAUGAAUAGCACGAUAAAAGAAUAGCUAUUUCAUUUCAUAAGACAUAUUCUUUUAGUCUGUCUGCCCAUCAUAAGGUAGAGAAGCUGCUGAAUCAUAAAUCUGAUAAUUUGAAUAUGAAAUCAAUGUUUCAUUAACUGGCUAAACAAUAGGGCUAGAAAUUGUAAUUUGAGGUGUAUACUGAAGAAAGAAACUGAUGACUUUUUAUCCAAGAAAAUUGUGGCAGAAAUUUGUUUAGUUCUUGAAAGACCACAUAAGGGCAGUUAAUCAUUUAUAACUCAAAAUGGUUGGAAAAAGAAAUUCCAGAGAAGUAAGUUUGAGUCAUUUCAGUUCUGUGCCUGGAAGCAGUAAAAAACUAUAUUUUCUUUUUUAUCUACAUAAAAGUGCCAUGGUUGUGUAUCUGAAAUUGAAUAAUUGAAUCAGGAAAGCUUCCCCUAGCACAUAAAAAUUACUCUUAAGUAGAGGAGGAGGGAGACCUGUGAGCCGGGCCUACAGUAUGAUCCUAAUUAAUUAUAGGAAGUUAUUUAAAGUAAACUGGUCUCUCACACUGAAUGUUACUUUAUCAAAGUUGAAGUCAUUGCAAACCUCUCCUUAAUUGUAUCCCACUGUCAACCUUCCUGAAAUAAUUCUGAGAGAGGGAUUUUCUGUUCCUGAAUGCACUUUGGAUCAAAACUCAUCAUUCUUUCCCCAUACAUCCCUGCACAACAUGGUGACUUAGGCACCAGCCAGAAAGUUCUCAAGAUAGAUGCCUCUUGACAGCACUAUGGACUGAUAGAUAGUAUCUGGCUACUUAGGAAAAAUCAUGACAAUUCAGAUUUGGAAGGUACUACAAGGACAAAAUGCCAGCAGUUUCUGCCAAGGUACCCAUGCUUAUUUAAGACUGAUUUGGGGGAAUGGCUUACACUCUCCCGUAGAAGGGGUGUGAUGGCCAGAACUCCCUGAUGGUUCAGGCUUUUUGCCCUCCAUUUUGACUGCACUGGCAGAGUUGUGUGAAUAUUCCUGGUACAGAGUUGUUUUCUUGUCUAGGAAUGGUGUUGGUUAAAGGUCCUCUUGGUUUCAUGCAAUUUGGGAGUGGGUUCUCACUAUUAGACUGAAUGAUGUCUACAGAGGGGGCCAGGACUUCACUUUGAACAGUUUUGUUUGACUAAAUCAUAAGAAGUGCUGUUUCCUGUAAUCCAACUUUGGUCAACGUGGUGCAUGUUGAGUGUCCUCAGAGAAUAUUGCUGAUGAACCUAUUGUCUACUCUGGGGCCUGAGAUUUCACUCUAUGAGAAGUUUUGAUCCUUUACCAGAGAAAGCUUCAAUAUAUUUUGGCACUAAACAGAUGUAGGUUGGGGAGAGAGAGUAUUUUCUUGAUUUCCCCUUUGUUAAGAAACAGCAUCCAGAUAAUUUGGUGUGAUUGGCACUUAUUUGUAACUCAAAUUGUGUGUUCUAACACUGUUAGAAUUUCUCUCCUUUUGGUAGUAUAUUUUGAAAAGGAUCCAUUAUCAGACCUUCAGAGUAGUAAAAUGAUGGAUUCACUAAGUAAUUAAAGAGGCCUCCUUUCUCUUAAAUAAUCAUUCAGUUCAGCAAUUAUUGAAUGAGCACUAAUUAUCUAUCAAGCACCAUUUUACUCAGUUACCACCUGCCACUCCAUGAAAUUCUUUGGCAUGAAUAGGUCAGAACUCCAAAAAUUGGCCCUGCACCACAAUGUUAAUAUUGUACUUCUUUGAGCAUCUGAUACUUAUAAAUAGCUGGUGUAUCAAUAAUGUGUUGUUGAUGAAUGUAGAAUAAGUAGUAAAAGUUAUGGAGAUGAUGUUUUGGUAUAAGUAACAAUUAAGAGUUGUUCCCCCAAAUUUGGGUGAUAAGUAGCAUCAUUGGAAUAUCACAUAAUUAACUAACAUAACUAUUUUGUAGACAACACCAUUUAAUUGUGUAUAUGAGGUGCUUAUAUGUUUGUUAAUAAAUUGGUUGUGAUACUUGAUAGUCACAGCUCCUAUUAUAAGUUUUAAUUGCCAUGCUCCAUGAGUUCUGGCUUUUAAAUACUUGCUUUGGGGAAAGAUCAUCUUGUUCCUUUAUAAACUCUGUAGAUUAAUGUAUUGUUUGACUUAAUAUGCAAAUACCAUAUGCUGACUUGAGCCUAUUAAUUUAAAAACUCUCAAGAGCUGGUGUGGGUGAUUGUAGCACAUUCUUUCAAUUAUCUUCAUUAGCAUGAAGUCCUUAUCCUCUGUAGGUGGAUUUAGUCUUGAAGACGGUCAAGUCAUUUAGAACUAAGGCAGGGGUAAGGAGGAGCAGAGAGGAAACAAACGAGCAUUUGUUGAGAGUUGACUAUUUACAGAACAUUCUGUCAAGCACUUACUAUUCAUCACUGACUUUAAUGCACUUAAUAACUUAGAAAGAUAACUAUUUUUAUUCUUUUUAAAGAAAUUUACCAACCAAGGGUCAGAGAGGUCAAAUAAUUUGUUUAGUAUUUUACAGAGCUGCCAAUAGGCUUCAGAGAAGGUUUCUCUGUCAUGUUGAAGGCUUCAGAGGUUUCUCUGUCACGUUGCUCAUUUCUUACAGCACCUGUGCAUGCAAUUGUUUUGGUAAACAAAGGCAAGACAUGGCUAUAAAAUAGUGAACUGAAAACAUUUCAUUCUUUUUGAUGUGUUACUGUUGCUGCAGAAUAGAGAAGGCUACUUCUUUGUAUUAAGUAGAAAAAGAUUUGUAGGAAGCAUAAAAAUAUAAUGCCCUGGUCCAAGCUAAAGUUACAUUUAUUUAACUGUUAUAUUCAAAAAUCAUCAUAAUAUACCUCAACUAUUUAUUUAUAGUCAUGUGUCAUAUGGCACAAGUCCAAAUUCUGAUGUUAACAUCAAGUCUUAGUUUCUUAAAUGGAACCAGAGGAAAGGCAGUUCAGGAUUGUUGAGUCAGAGCUUUGGAAAUUUCAGGUGCAGGUGUUUUCCCCUCUAUUUUAGAAUGUCUCUUCUUCUUCUUCUUCUUUUUUUUUUUUGGUGUAUAUUCAUUUUGUUCCCUAGAACACAUUUUACUGGAACAUACAAAUAAUGUUUCAUGUUAAAUGAGCAUCUGUGACCUUACAUUACAUACCAAACUGGCCCAGCUGUUACCUUUAGUAGCUUUGGAAACACUGUAGCAUGGGUGUGGCAAUGCACCCUCAGAAGAAGGAAUCACCUAGAGGAGGGCUUGGUGGCGGUAAUGGCAAUCCUUUACAUUCAUCAACCAUCUGGAAUGUUCUUCCUCAGUCCACCAUGUCAGCUUGCAAAUUCUUGGGUGGACUUGGAAGCAGAAUGUUGCUUUUUGGAGCCUAUUCUAUGUUACCUGUACAUGCUCCAAAGAGAAGAGUCACAGUGUGCAGGCAUUUAUAGAAUCCUCCAGUAUGACCAGUAGGAGAGCCCAAGCUUGGUAGCCGAAUAUUUUAUGAUUUUGUGUGAGCGUAAAAUGUCCUAGAUGGCACAAAUGUAUGAUUAUAACCAUUGAUUUCUAGGGGCAUACUGGAAUUCCAAGGAGUAGAUAGAUAAUCAAAAUACGGUAUAACUACAGAAUUGUCUGGAUUUUAGGUUUGCUAAUCCUCCGUCAUGCAGACCUGUAGGCAGGCUUAUAUGUUUUGCAUUUUCUCUUUCCUAGUACAGAAGGAAGUAUUUGUGUCCUGGUGCACUUAAUCUUUCUGUCUCCUCUUUUUUCCUCGUCUUCCAGGCUGUUGCUGAUUCUAUAUGCCCCAGACAUUAGAAUCAGGUCUGUGUAUGUAUGAAGAGGUUAUUUUAAUUAUCUUUUUUACUCAACCCUAGGAAGGGUCAAUUAUGCUGGAAACCCUCCCUAGGUGUUUGCUUUUGCAACAAUAAUAAAAAAAAAUGCCUCGGUGCUAAAAGUAUUUGAUGAUGCACGCUUACCACAAAAAUGUGCCACUGAAUUUGCAGUAUUUUACUGAUAAGGGGCUGCAUGUGCUCUGCUUUUGGAAAUCUGGAGAACUUCCCAGAAAUGAAGCACUCAUUACUCUCAUUACUACAGUUAAUCUUGAACUUUACACUGCAAAUAUGAAAAUAUACUUUUUCUAUAGAAAAUGCAUCACCUUUGAUAUUUAUUUUAGUAAGAAUAAUCAAUGCUAAAAAUAAUUUCAGAGAGGAGAGAAUAAAUAUUUCAGAUAAUCUUUUCUUAUUUCUUCUCCAAAAACCUUACACCCAUGUAAGGGGUUUUAAUAUUAGGUUUUUGAAGGUGUUGUCUUUUCCUGGUUUCCUACUACAUGUAUCAUUGAAGAAGAUAUUAUUGACACUGCAGUAUUUGCAGAGACAUAUUAAACCAAAGGGGUGAAUAAAAAUGUUUAAAGUUUGUAUCUAGAAUUGGACAAUAAGACUAAUUGGUAAGAGUUUAUAGUGGGCAUUUUUCUUAAAGUACAUACCUCUACCCCAAAACCCAGAUGUUAAUUUGGAAGCAUCACACAGGCAGGUCCAUGUCUGACUCUUUAGUUAAAGGAAACGUAAUACUGUGUUAAAUCAAUUGGCAUUAGGAGCCAAGUGGAGUGUGUGUCCAGUGUGUAUGUUUAUUUGUAGAGGUGUGCUUGUGUGAAAGACUGUACUGAGUUGUUCUAUAAAGGAGCUUGAUUUUGUGAUUUUUAAUAUGAAUAUUUAUUUGGAGACCUGUUAGGAUAAUUUAAAAGUUGUAUAAUUUCAUUGUGCUUAAUGAAAUCUAUUGUCAAUGUACUAAUAAACCUUGGUUUACAACAUCUUGAAUACUUGAUCCUUGAAAAUUAAGAGGAAGACUUAAAAAAAAAAGAAUAAAGUAUGUUGGAGUGAAAUGAAUUUGCUUUUAGGACUUUUGUGGUUUGAAGAGAUGAAGCAAUGUGGACAGUGUGAUCUCAUAAUGAAGACAUAAGGGUGUAAUUAGAUUAAAUGACUCACUUUUUACUCUGAAAAAAAAAAGGGCAGUGAUGAACUCUGUAAAUAAUUGGCAAUUCUGCCUUGAGAGCAAAUGUCCUGUUUGUAAACUAUGAGGACUAUAGUCUUAAGCACAUUUUUCAUUGAUUCACCAUAGAUAAUACUUUUAUUUUUUUAAAUUCAAUUAAUUUAUGUUUAACUGAGGUAAUAUUGGGUAUCCCCAUCAGGUAUUACCAUCAUAAUGUGCACCCAUCACCCACUCAAGCAUAUUCCACCUCCACAGGCCAUUAUGCUUCCUUCCCUCUUUGAUUUUUCUCCUUUCCUCCCCUUGGUAUUCAAAUCCUGUAGUCAGCGAUCAAGGGUUCACUAAGUGGUCCAUCACUUAGCUGUUUCAAUUCAAACAGACCAUGGGACUGCAGAACUAUGUAUCUUUUUUUUAUGCAUGCAAGAGCUGGGGUACAGGCCAGAGGUGUGGGGUGUGU